AUGCAGUAUUAUAAUCAACAACAACAACAGCAUCACCAUCACCAUCACCAUCACCCACAACAUCCGCAACAGCCCCAGCAACAACAACAACAGCAGCAGCAGCAGCAGCAGCAACACCAUCACCUUCACCAUCAUCAGUACUUCAACCCACAUGCCCAGUACCAGGGCAUGGUUGCCCCCAAUGGUGCUGCCGUUCCCCCGCCGCCACCACCGCAAGCACAAUACUACCCGCCACACGGUGGGGUCAUCUCCCCAUCUACGUACUACAAUCAUGGCCACCACAUGCAGCACCAGCACCGCCAGCGACAGGGGCCGGGUGUCGGGUACGGCAACGUGGGACGCGCAGGGUAUAACGCCCCGUACAUGCCGGGUGGUAACUACGACAUGGGCAGCUACACCGCGCCACAGCAGCCGUAUUACCGUGACAGCUACCGUGGGGGCCGUGGUCGCGGCGGUGGGCGGGGCGGAGGUCACGUCCCCGGAAGUGAGAGCCGUGAGUCAUACUUCGCUGUGCACCUCAAAGACUUCGCCGAGUUGGAGGAGGCAGGGCGGCGUGACUCCAUCCGCGAGUCACUGGACUCGACUGUGCUUGGGAAGAUGAAUCGUCGCGCGUCAUCUGGGACGCUGAAGGUGCUCGCGAUCGUAGGCCGGAGCUACCUCGCCGCGUGCAUGUCAGUGCCGCACUCUGAAGACGACAUCGUUCUGUCGAAGGAAACCGCGAUGGAGUUUAUGCAGGUGGAGCACGUGCAUUGCGACGAUGGCUUGCGUUUGGUGGACGUUGAAGACGGCGCCCAUGUUGCAAAGCAUGUGUACGCCACACUGCGCACGGCCCUGGCGCAGCUGACGGCGUACGACAAGCCGCAGCACGGGGUUGGGGCUGAGACCGAGAUUAGUCUCCUUGCACCACCAGGGGCGCCGUUGCUGAAGGACAUUGUCACCAGUCGUGCAGUCUUUAACACGCUUUCCGCGUUCCUGGAACGCGAUGACGAUGAAGCAACAGAGCUGUGGACACGGCUUCUGCUCGAACCUUCCUCCACUGGAGGAAAUGAGAGCGCCGACACCUAUCCACAGCAGCAACAGCAACAACAAGUUGCAUCUGGCAAACUCAACGCUUCUACUCCUCUCCCCUCUUGCGGGGUGGGGCUUCUCUCCACGGCACAGGGAACACGGCUCUUUAGAGUUGCGCUUGCGCAUCCAAAGAGACGGGAGACACUGUUCCGCUUGCUCCUCGAUGCAGCAUCUCCGUCUGCUGUGGUAAAUUCAACAACACCGUCUCCAACCUGUGCCGCGGAGCAGCUUUUAAUGGCUCUGUUCUCCUGCUCCCUUGCCUCACGAUUUGUCUUUGAGUGCUUUGGCCUGGUGGAGGGAACGACGCGCUGCGAUGACGAGGUGGAUGUGCUCUGUGCCGGUCUGGAGCGCCUCGCUCUGCGGGUUGUAUGCAGCAAUGGCGGUAGCUUCAUGAUGACCGCACUGGUUAAAGAACUCUGUCCAAGCCGCUUUGCUGGGGGACAGAAGACAGGCGGGAAACGUGGACGCGAUACGGAGGCUGAUCGCCAGCAGCAGCAGCAACAACAACAACAGCAGCGCGACGAAAAUGAUAACAACGAGCAAGGAACAAAGGAGGAUGAACACAAUAACGAUGAGACGGGUGACCGGCCCCCGCACUCGCCCUUAACAAGGGCGAACUACCAGAUGCAGGAGGGGCCGUCCGACUGGCGGCUGUUCCGCGCCGUAGCUCGGGCCUUCGUGUCGGGCCCCGUUCCCGGUGACACGGGCGAAGAGGCGGCGACGCUGUCUCGCCGAGUAAAGCUGUUGACGCAGCACGUCGUUGCGUGCCGCGCGAUACAGAGCUUCAUUCCAUUCUUUGCCGACGCUAUUGUCCAGGUGGGGAUGGAGGCGCAGCAGUCACAGUCUGGCAACGGCGCUUCGCCGCAGUCGGCGCAGUUCUACGACGACUGUGUGAAGAUCCUCAGCGAGAUAGCGGGCCAGAACGGGUUGUUGGCGAACCAUAGUUAUGGGAACUACGUGCUGCAGACGGUCAUUGAUGAGCUGGCGCAACGCGCCGUUCCUGGGUCCCCCAUUGCCGAGAUGCUGCAAAACGUGUUCGAUGCGCUGGCCAGUUCAAUCUUCGAUGUCAGCAUUCAGAAAUUCGCCUCCAACUGCGUGGAGACGGCGAUUGCGGUGUGCAACACGCUCCCAGACGGCAACGCGCAGGUGCUGCGCUUCGCCACUGCUCUCCUCGGGGAGGGGCCAAGUAGGAUGAUGCACGUGGCGCUGCACCAGUACGGUAACUACGUGGUGCGCAAGAUCCUCAACCGGCUGACAGCCCUGGCGACGGGCGCCGCGGCGGCGACACCGGCGGAGGUGGAGGAGGCGAGCGUGCUGGAGCUGCGGUACUUCCAGACGCUCACGCUGCAGUUCCACCAGCUGCGGCAAACCUCCUACGGCGCGGGGCUGCUUGGGUGGGUGCAGAACCAGCGCGACCGAAUGCGCCCUGCGGCAGCACCAGCACCAACAGCAGCUGCCGCCGUCGCCGCUGAGUGA